CAACACCACAAAAAGCACUUGAUUUCACACGAAAAAAAAAAAAAUGAAACAUUUGUAUAUUGAUUUGCUUGAAUGAAAUGGUGUACUAUCGUGCUGAGAUCUGUAUUACCUACAAAUAGAUACAACAAAAGGUGCAUGCAAUGUUGCAGUUUCAGUGGGUAUCCUUUCUUUUAGUAAAUGCAGUGGUUACCUGGAUUAGUCUGCCUUGGAGACAAAUAUCAUUGAUAUCCCCAUCAGACUUAGUUACUGCUGAGAAUGCUGCAGCUGAAUGGGGGGUGAAAAACUGAUUAUUAAAGAUUUUUUUAGUUGAAAUGAAAUUUCAUGUUUCCCAUGUGAAAGAGGCCUUUAAAAUUCAAUUGACAUCUAUGUGAUUCUGUCUCUGUACAGGAGAAAAAAUCAUCAGUAUGGCUCCACUCACAAGAGUUGUUGAUCUGAGGAAGAUGAACAUUUUAACAGUGUCCUAGAUGGUACCUUUUUUGCUCAAUGGUUUAAAAUAUAACUUUCUGCUUUUUUUUUGCAAUGCUUUCCUGUAUUACCAUAGUAGAGACAAACCAUUAAGCAGAAAGGCAAUCAUACUUUAGUUUUUUCUGUAUCUUGACUACAAAUUUUAAAAUGAAGUUUUUAGUAUAGAACUCCUUAAUACAGGUAAGUAGUUAACUGCACAAAGCUAGCUCUUUCAUUUCUUUUUAAUUCUCUUUCUUCUCAAGGCCAGAUACGGAAACCAGCCAAAGUUCUCAGUUCAGUUUCGAAUCACUACCCCAGAAGAUUUGUCUCAUCUGCGGUGAUGAGGCUUCAGGUUGCCACUAUGGAGUACUUACCUGUGGAAGUUGUAAAGUCUUCUUUAAAAGGGCAAUGGAAGGGCAGCACAACUAUUUGUGUGCUGGAAGAAAUGACUGCAUAGUCGAUAAAAUCCGUAGGAAGAACUGCCCAGCAUGUCGCUUGAGGAAGUGCUGUCAGGCUGGUAUGGUCCUGGGAGGUCGAAAAUUGAAAAAGUUUAACAAAAUUAAGGUUGUGAGAACAUUAGAUGUUGCACUCCAGCAGCCAGCAGCCCUUCAAGAUGAAAGCCAGGCUCUAACCCAAAGGCUGUCCUUUUCUCCAAAUCAAGAAAUACAGUUUGUUCCCCCAAUGAUAAGUGUUUUACGAGGCAUUGAGCCAGAAGUUGUCUAUGCUGGUUAUGACAAUACAAAACCCGAAACACCAAGUUCCUUGCUCACCAGUCUGAAUCAUCUUUGUGAGAGACAACUUCUUUGUGUAGUCAAGUGGUCUAAAUUACUACCAGGUUUUCGGAAUUUGCAUAUCGACGAUCAGAUAACCCUCAUCCAGUAUUCCUGGAUGAGUCUAAUGGUUUUUGCCAUGGGAUGGAGAUCAUACAAACAUGUCAGUGGUCAGAUGUUGUAUUUUGCACCAGAUCUGAUUCUAAAUGAACAGAGGAUGAAAGAAUCAUCGUUCUAUUCCCUGUGUCUAUCCAUGUGGCAACUCCCACAGGAAUUUGUCAGACUUCAAGUAAGCCAAGAAGAGUUCCUGUGUAUGAAAGCACUGUUACUUCUCAACACAAUUCCUUUGGAAGGUCUAAGAAGUCAAAGCCAAUUUGAUGAGAUGAGAACAAGCUACAUCAGAGAACUGGUGAAGGCGAUUGGUUUGCGCCAGAAGGGCGUUGUGGCCAACUCACAGCGUUUCUAUCAGCUUACAAAACUGAUGGAUUCCAUGCAUGAUCUGGUGAAACAGCUCCAUCUCUUCUGUUUGAACACAUUUCUCCAGUCCCGUGCACUGAGCGUUGAAUUCCCUGAGAUGAUGUCAGAAGUGAUUGCUGCUCAGCUACCCAAGAUUCUAGCAGGGAUGGUGAAACCUCUUCUCUUUCAUAAGAAGUGAAAUGUCUUUUCUCUUAUCACAGAGAUGAUACCUGGGUCAUUUUUUGUUUGUUUAUUUUGGUCAAGAUUCUGCAAUGUCAGGACUUCAGCAUAUUUGACAUACUUACCCUGCCGACUGCUUUAUACCUGUAACAUACACAAGCCAUUCAAGCUUGAUGUACAUAUUGUGAGUUCCUGAUUCCUUAACUGCAAAAAUCACAACAGUCAUAAGAAAUGUUUUGUAAACUUGUCUAAGCUGCUUUUUAGAUAUGCAUAUGAAUGACAGUGAAUAGACUUUCCAGAUCUCUAACAACAGUUAUACAUUUUUCUUACACAUUGCACACUCUUGAAUUUCUGGUAUGACAUGGUGCAAAAUUUUUACUUUAGCACAUUGUGUGCAUGGGUACAUGUGGGCAUGUGCAUAAUGUAAGAUUUUGGAGGAAUUAAAAUAAAUAUUGCCCACAUUUUCUUACGGAUAUUUUACUUUUUAUUACUGCAAUGCCAUCAGAAAUAAAUAAUGUGCUAGGCACACAGUGUACAUUCAUACUCACAUCUGUGGUCAUGUUGCAUUGAAACUCUUGAUCCAGCAUACUGUUUUCUGCAUCAUUCAGUGGAGCUCUUCUUCAAAAAUCAGAAAGUUUAGGAAAAUUUCAGUGUGUAUUACACCAGAAGUAAUGUGUAUGCAAACCCACUAAGCUUUGGUUUGUGUUAUUUUUCCUUAAAAGUUCAGCACUUACUAAAGCUAAAUCACUUAGCUGUAAUCCUAAAUUCAUCAACUCUUACAUUCUCUAUUUCAGAAGCUUUAAAUAGAGAUGUUUUCACUGACUGCAACUCUUAAUAAUCUUAAUGUUUUGAAUUCCAAUGCUGAACACUCAAUCAGCCAUUAGCAUCAAAUUAUAGUGAGAUCAGAUGCAAAAAGAAAUGGAAAAUAUGACUGCAAACAUUUUGAUACACAUCAGACUCAUUUCAGUAUGAUUUACUGGAGCUACAUAUUUUCUAUUUUAAAAGCACACCAUUAUAAAUGGAGUAGCUGUAAAAAGGGAAUUGGACUGAAUUAACUUUAUAUUCAUGUUUUACCAUAGUAAUGAAUAUUCAACUGAAAAAUUAUAAUGUGGUGAUUUUUGUUCCUUUGAUACGGUUAUGAAGCAACUCAUGCAUUUAAGGCAGUAAAUUGUAGAUAUAUUCAAAAAGACAGAGAAACAGAUAAACCUUAAGAAGAAUUUAUGAGUGUAUUAAAAUAUAACAGACUUUGCCAGACAUUACAAAUUAUAUGUAAACAUAGGAAAUUGUGAGUCUUGUUUGGAUACUUCUGGCCUUAUGCUUUUGAUUUUGCCCAUGGCUCGUUAGAUGUCCCCAUUGUGUGCCUGUGUCCUGCUGGUGAUGUGUAGCUUGGUCUGUACAGACAUAUCCUUGUCACAUGAACAAAGGCCCCUGGAAUACAAGUUCAGUAUCCCCAGCUAAAUCAGGGUACCCCUCAUUAAAAGUAUAAGUGAUUUUGCUUGUUGGUAAAAAUUACAUCUUGGUUCUUGAAAAAACUGUGGACAACUGACAAAUACAGGAAUGUCUCUAGGUGUCCUUACUGGUCAUAUCAUAAUUUCCUAAAGUCAACAAAGAAGAAUCUACAUUACAACUGGGAAUAAGAGCAUUUUUGAGAUCCCCACAUACCAAUACAAAACCCACUAGAGCUGGUGCAAAUGUGUGACCCUAGAUAAAGUGGUAUAGACAGACUUCUGUGUUAGUUGACAAGGUUUGUCAUUUCUAACUGCCCAGGAAAGCAAUGUUCUUUGAUAUUCCAUACAGUCUGACUUUUAACUGUGAUCCUUAAAGCAAUUAUGUUUUAAUAAAUAGCACAAAAUUCUUUAUUUCUACAUCCUGAA